AUGCAGGACCUUGCACUUGGUCUUCUUGGUGUCAUCAGCAAACUUGCUGAGGGUGCACUCAAUGCCACUGUCCAUGCUCCCCCCACCGUGCGGAUCGUGCACUCAGGCCUGGCCUGCAACAUCGAGGAGGAACGCUACUCAGAGAGGGUCUACACCAUCCGGGAGGGCGAGACACUGGAGCUGACCUGCCUGGUCACUGGCCAUCCUCGACCACAGAUCAGGUGGACCAAAACAGCAGGAAGUGCCUCUGACAGAUUUCAAGAUUCCAGUGUCUUCAAUGAAACCUUGAGGAUAUCCAACAUCCAGCGACACCAAGGAGGACGCUACUACUGCAAGGCUGAGAACGGUUUGGGUUCACCAGCCAUCAAGUCUAUACGAGUGGACGUCUACUAUUUGGAUGACCCAGUAGUAACAGUGCACCAGAGCAUCGGGGAAGCCAAGGAGCAGUUUUACUAUGAGAGGACAGUGUUUCUCAGGUGCGUUGCCAACUCCAACCCACCAGUCCGGUACAGCUGGAGACGUGGCCAGGAGGUACUGCUGCAAGGGUCUGAUAAAGGAGUGGAGAUCUACGAGCCCUUCUUUACCCAGGGAGAAACCAAGAUCCUGAAGCUGAAGAACCUCCGACCUCAGGACUAUGCUAAUUACAGCUGCAUCGCCUCGGUGAGGAAUGUCUGCAGCAUCCCUGAUAAGAUGGUGUCCUUCCGACUCUCGAACAAAACAGCAUCUCCUUCAAUUAAGCUUCUUGUGGAUGACCCAAUAGUGGUGAACCCUGGAGAAGCUAUCACUUUAGUCUGUGUGACCACAGGAGGGGAGCCAGCCCCCAGCCUGACGUGGGUGAGGUCUGCUGGUGUCCUGCCUGAGAAGACAGUGCUGAACGGAGGCACUUUAACGAUACCAGCCAUCACGUCAGAAGAUGCUGGGACGUACAGCUGCAUCGCCAACAACAACGUUGGCAACCCUGCCAAAAAGUCCACCAACAUCAUCGUGAGAGCCUUAAAAAAGGGACGGUUUUGGAUCACUCCUGACCCAUACCACAAAGACGACAACAUCCAGAUCGGGCGAGAGGUGAAAAUCUCCUGCCAGGUGGAAGCCAUCCCUUCGGAGGAGCUGACGUUCAGCUGGUUUAAAAAUGGCCGUCCCCUGCGGAGCUCUGAGAGGAUGGUCAUCACACAGACUGACCCUGAUGUCUCACCUGGCACCACUAACCUGGACAUCAUUGACUUAAAGUUCACUGACUUUGGGACGUACACGUGUGUGGCGUCACUGAAGGGAGGUGGGAUCUCAGAUAUCAGCAUUGAUGUCAACAUCUCCAGCAGUACAGUCCCACCCAAUCUGACUGUUCCUCAAGAAAAGUCACCCCUGGUUACCCGGGAAGGGGACACGAUCGAGCUGCAGUGCCAGGUGACCGGGAAGCCCAAGCCCAUCAUUCUGUGGUCCCGAGCUGACAAGGAGGUGGCGAUGCCAGACGGGGGGAUGCAGACAGAGAGCUAUGAUGGGAUCCUGAGGAUAGUGAACGUGUCCAGGGAGAUGACGGGGACCUACAGGUGCCAGACCAGCCAAUACAAUGGGUUUAAUGUGAAACCCAGGGAAGCUUUGGUCCAACUCAUUGUACAGUACCCCCCAGCUGUGGAACCCACCUUCCUGGAGAUUCGCCAAGGCCAAGGCCGGAGCAUCACCAUGAGCUGCCGGGUCCUGAGGGCAUAUCCCACCAGGGUCCUCACCUACGAGUGGCGUUUGGGCACCAAGCUGCUACGCACCGGCCAGUUCGACAUGCAGGACUCCACCGAGUACACCAUCAGCAGCCUCUCCAGGGACAGCUACGGCAUCUACAACUGCAACAUCAUCAACGAGGCAGGCGCUGGCCGCUGCAGCUUCCUCGUCACAGGCAAAGCCUACGCUCCUGAGUUCUACUAUGACACCUACAACCCUCUGUGGCAGAACAGACCUCGUGUCUACUCCUACAGCCUCCAGUGGACCCAGAUGAACCCCGAUGCUGUCGAUCGCAUCCUUGCCUAUCGCUUAGGGAUCAGGCAGGCUGGACAACAGCGUUGGUGGGAACAGGAAAUUACUGUGAAUGGAAACAUCCAAAAGGGAGAAUUAAUCACCUACAACCUGACUGAGCUGAUCAAACCUGAGGCCUAUGAAGUCCGCCUGACACCCAUCACCAGAUUUGGAGAAGGGGACUCAACUAUUCGGGUCAUCAAGUACAGUGCUCCAGUAAAUCCACACCUCCGAGAGUUCCACUGUGGGUUUGAGGAUGGUAACAUUUGCCUUUUCACUCAAGAUGACACAGACAACUUUGACUGGACGAAACAAAGCACUGCCACUAGGGACACAAAGUACACCCCGAACACGGGGCCCAACGCCGAUCGCACCGGCUCCAAGGAAGGUUUCUACAUGUACAUUGAGACAUCACGUCCCAGGCUGGAAGGAGAAAAGGCCAGACUUGUUAGUCCUGUCUUCAGCGUCGCUCCCAAAAACCCCUACGGAGCUACGAACACCGCCUAUUGUUUUAGCUUCUACUAUCACAUGUAUGGACAGCACAUAGGAAGCUUGAACGUCUACCUGCGGCUGAAAGGUCAGACAGCAAUAGAGAACCCCUUGUGGUCUUCAAGUGGAAAUAAAGGACAGCACUGGAACCAAGCCCGUGUGAAUAUAAACCCCCCCACUUCAUUUCAGCUCAUAUUUGAAGGGAUCCGAGGCCCCGGCAUCGAAGGGGACAUUGCUAUUGAUGAUGUAUCAAUUGUGGAAGGAGAGUGUAUGAAAUCAGACCAACCAGCCAACAAUUUACGAUCAGGUGCUGUUGGGACAUUAGAACAUAUACGACUCAUCCCAGUUAUCAUCCUCAUGUCUGUCUUAAGUCAUCAGAGGUGA